AUGUCCACCACUGGUUCGAUGCGUGCCGUCAUCUUCAACGGACCGCAGAAUGUAUCGGUCGAACAACGGCCCAUCCCUACCCUCUGCUCCAACCCCACAAACUCACAUGGUCCAAGGGAGCUGCAUGUCUUUCGCGGCCAUCAGCCAUCCGAGACGGGCUUCAUCAUGGGGCAUGAGUUCACUGGCACAGUCGUCGAGAAGGGCGCUGCUGUCACCACUUUGAACAUCGGCGACAGGGUUGUGUCUCCCUUUACCUCGUCGUGGUAA